GGGCAAUCAUGGUGCCGCUGGGGAGGGGAGAAGCUGCCGCUGCCGCCGUUGCCGGGAGCCGCGGAGAUUUGUAGAACCGGUGUGUUUGCAGCUAAAGGAAGAAGAACUAAUCCAGAACAGAAAAGAUUUCAAAUUUGGUAUCCUUCCUGUGAGAACAUACCUUUCGAAGAGAGGAUGUCUUCCCAAGAGAGUAUAUCUGCAGAUAGGUCAUUACCUUUCCAUUUCUCACAAUUGGGCUGAGCACGAUUGAACCAUGGGGGAACACAGUCCGGACGACAACAUCAUCUACUUUGAGGCAGAGGAAGAUGAGCUGACCCCCGAUGACAAGAUGCUCAGGUUUGUGGAUAAAAACGGACUGGUGCCUUCCUCAUCUGGAACUGUUUAUGAUAGGACAACUGUUCUUAUUGAGCAGGACCCUGGCACUUUGGAGGAUGAAGAUGAUGAUGGACAGUGUGGAGAACACUUGCCUUUUCUAGUAGGGGGUGAAGAGGGCUUUCACCUAAUAGAUCAUGAAGCAAUGUCCCAGGGUUAUGUGCAACACAUUAUCUCACCAGAUCAGAUUCAUUUAACAAUAAACCCUGGUUCCACGCCCAUGCCAAGAAAUAUCGAAGGUGCAACUCUCACUCUGCAGUCGGAAUGUCCAGAAACGAAACGUAAAGAAGUAAAGCGGUACCAGUGCACAUUCGAGGGCUGUCCCCGCACCUACAGCACAGCGGGCAACCUGCGCACCCACCAGAAGACUCACCGGGGAGAGUACACCUUUGUCUGUAAUCAGGAGGGCUGCGGCAAGGCCUUCCUCACCUCCUACAGCCUCAGGAUCCACGUGCGAGUGCACACGAAGGAGAAGCCAUUUGAGUGCGACGUACAGGGCUGUGAGAAGGCGUUCAACACUCUGUACAGGCUGAAAGCACAUCAGCGGCUUCACACAGGGAAAACGUUUAACUGUGAAUCUGAAGGCUGCAGCAAGUACUUCACCACACUCAGCGAUCUGAGGAAGCACAUUCGAACCCAUACAGGAGAAAAGCCAUUUCGGUGUGAUCAUGAUGGCUGUGGGAAAGCAUUUGCAGCAAGCCACCACCUUAAAACCCACGUCCGCACACAUACCGGUGAAAGACCCUUUUUCUGCCCCAGUAAUGGCUGUGAGAAAACAUUCAGCACUCAAUACAGUCUCAAAAGUCACAUGAAAGGUCACGAUAACAAAGGACACUCAUACAAUGCACUUCCAAAUCACAAUGGAUCAGAGGAUACAAAUCAGUCGCUUUGUCUGAGUGACUUGAGCCUUCUGUCCACAGAUUCUGAACUUCGAGAAAAUUCUACUACAGGCCAGGACCUCAGCACAAUUUCACCAGCAAUCAUCUUUGAAUCAAUGUUCCAGAAUUCAGAUGAUCCGGCAAUUCAGGAAGAUCCUCAGCAGACAGCUGCCUUGAUUGAAAGUUUUAAUGGUGAUGCAGAGUCAGUCAGUGAUGUUCCGCCACCCACAGGAAAUUCAGCAUCUUUAUCUCUUCCGCUUGUACUGCAGCCCGGCAUCUCCGAGCCACCCCAGCCUCUACUACCAGCCUCAGCACCGUCUGCUCCUCCGCCUGCUCCCUCCCUAGGAACUGGUUCCCAGCAAGCUGCAUUUGGCAACCCCUCUGCUCUCUUACAACCUCCAGAAGUGCCUGUUCCCCACAGCACACAGUUUGCUGCUAAUCAUCAAGAGUUUCUUCCGCACCCCCAGGCCCCACAGCCCAUCGUCCCAGGACUUUCUGUUGUUGCUGGGGCUUCGGCGGCGGCAUCAGCCGUGGCAGCACCGCCCCAACCGCAAAGUACUACUGAGCCCCUGCCAGCCGUGGUCCAGACUCUGCCCCUGGGCGCCAACUCUGUCCUGACUAAUAAUCCCACUAUAACCAUCACCCCGACUCCCAGCACGGCCAUCCUGCAGUCCAGCCUAGUCAUGGGAGAACAGAACUUACAAUGGAUAUUAAAUGGUGCCACCAGUUCCCCGCAAAACCAAGAACAAAUUCAGCAAGCAUCUAAAGUUGAGAAGGUGUUUUUUACCACUGCAGUACCAGUAGCCAGUAGCACAGGGAGCUCUGUACAGCAGAUCGGCCUCAGUGUUCCCGUGAUCAUCAUCAAGCAAGAGGAGGCGUGUCAGUGUCAGUGCGCGUGCCGGGACUCUGCCAAGGAGCGGGCGGCGGGCAGGAGGAAGGGCUGUUUUUCCCCAUCCCCGGCAGAGCCGAGCCCCCAGCCUCCUGACGGGCCCAGCCUGAAGCUACCGUCGCAGACUUUUCCCUCACGUCCCGGUCCCUUGUCGUCCUCCUCCGCUGUACCCUCUUCCUGUGAGCAAGGCAGACAAGCAGAGACUCCUUCAGACCCUCAGACAGAAACGUUAAGUGCCAUGGAUAUGUCAGAGUUUUUGUCCCUCCAGAGCCUGGACACCCCGUCCAAUCUGAUUCCCAUCGAAGCACUACUGCAGGGGGAGGAGGAGAUGGGGCUGACCAGCUUCUCCAAGUGAAAGGGCCGCGUGCACUCACCUCUAGGAAAAGAGGGGGAGCGGAAGCGUAAGGUGCGGUGCCUGCCAUCGUGGGGGGUCAGCAGUUCGAAGGAUGAAGAAAUCUACUGUUUGAAAUCCUCACCUUUCAGACGUAUUUUCUUUAGUCAUAUCCCAGGAGCAUCCAUUUUAAGGAACUGAUCUUUGGAAAAAAACAAAAACAAAAAAAAAACAAAACAAAAAAAUGCUAAGUUAUAAAUGAACUGUUUGGCUGCACUGUAUGUCACUUUUGCUUAUUGUCAUGUGAACUUGGAAAUUAAGGUUACUCGUAUGCAUAAACAUUCGAAAUGAAAGGGUGUGGCUUCCAUCCGUGUGAGGCUGCCCAUCACUGGCACUGGGGACUUUGUGGUCUGGGCAGUAGUGUUCAGCGUGGCGGGCGUUGCUCCUCCCCGUGCGUCUUUUGAGUCUGAGGCUGAAGCUCGCGAGGAAGGUGAGACCCUCGCUCCGUCAGAGGGGGGAGUGGCAAAGGCAGAGCAGACAGCUGCGAGCUGGACAGGGGUCGGGCCAGGUGGUCCUGUUGUUUGAUCUUGGUGUCCUCGGAGCUCAGGGUGAUGGCAGGUGGUGUCCUGCAGCCAGCUACAGCACAAUGGGUGGUAAAAGCCUGGCCUGAGGCUGUGUCAGUGAUGUCCUGUCUGCCGCGGCCCCAGGCGAGCUGGUGACCGCUGUCUGUCCCCGCCGUUUGCGGAGCUGGCUCCGGCAACAGUGUCACGGCGUUUUUGCCUUCCCUGUUCUUCCUAUCUCUUGGUUGGUUGCCAGGCCCUGCAGAUCGCAGCGGACUUUCCUUGGGGAACAUCCCUGUUUUGUCCUCGAGUGGACGUGUGGCUUGUGGCCAGUUGCCGGCUGGUGGUCUGCCUUCCUUUAAUGGUAUUCUUUUCCUCAGAGCAGAAGAGCUGCAUUUUGCUUAUCAGAAGGAAGUCAUUGUUGGUGUUUUUUGAGGCGGCAUGUAAUUGGCAGGCCAGGUGUCCUGGUUCCAGGUUCUAGCCAGGCUUUUGCUUGCCUCUCCCAUCUCCACCUCUCACCCUCUGGAUUUUGCAUACAGUCUAGUACAGUGCAAAGAAGGAUGUGACUUGCUCAGCUUAGUCACGUGAUUUCUAAACAAAUACACAAAAGCAAACAAAAACCACAAAACGAUGAUCUUCUACUCAGGGUAAAACAAAACAAAACAAAACAAACAAACAAAAAAAUCCCCCUUCCACCAAAAAGCCUGAAAUGUUGCAAUAAGUUCUCUCAUUUGGAAUGUUUCAUUAAGUUGUGUUAUGGGGAAAAAAAUUUUUUUUGAUUUGUGUAUAGAAUUAUAUCCAUCUGUCUGCCUUUGGCUCCAAGUCAUUGCCUCUUAAAAUAAAACCUAAAAUACAAUUCACACUAAAAUGGAAAGUUUCUCUCAACCGGCUAUAUUAAUGUAGUCAUGAGUGCUCACCGAGCCUCACUGAGCUCAGAAAUGAGGCCUGGCCCACGGUCUGGACUAGGCCUCAGCCUCCAAGAGCCCCCUUCCCUGCUUGAGCCGGGAACAGGGGUCCACAAACAGGACUGCUCUUCUGAGUCGACAUUGUCAGGCAGAAAGCAGCCAUAAUUUUGCCUUCCUUUACCAUUACCUAAUGUAAAGAGAUCUGCAUGUGUCACUCUUCUGUUCUCUGAGCUAUUUAUUACUCAGGGCCAGCCAAGACAGUAUCCGGAGCUGAUCAUUUAUCUGGGAGCCAGAGGCCCUACGUUUGACAGAAUUUCAGGGACACAGUUGGACAAGAGGGCAGAGGUAGUCAGUGUUGUUACUGCCACGAGGAGAAAAGGGCUUUACCCGCAGGCAGCUGGUGGCUUCUCAUUCUAGGAGUCUGGGCAGGAGAAUCAAUUUCUUUUUGACCUUCUGCACUCCCCUCCCCAAAAAGCUGGUGGGUUCUCAGCAGAAGUUGAUAAGGCAGGAGGCAUCUUCUGUUUACCACAGUGGGUUAAUCUUCCUGGGAAACCAGUUGCUGAGCAUGGUUUGUCCUUGGCCAUCUCCGGGUCUCACACCCAGGGGAAGCUCUGAGGCAGGAGCCGCGCUGUUUUCUCUACAGCUUCUGACAGAACGACAUGAUGGGGUCCCAAAGGUAGCUCUAUCGGAGGGCACGAAUGACCUCCCCAACAUACCCAUCCGAGGGGCACCCGAGAUUCGGUUCCCUGGGAGCUGAAGUGGGAAACAGGAACCCAGAGAAAGCCAUUGGAAGUGUCCGUGGUUUCGUUACUGCUUCUCUCGAGUUAAUCAGGGCUGUACUCCUGUUGGGCAUACCUAGGUCAGUGGCUUUUCUGCUCUCCAAAGAUUGGGGGGUGAUGAAGCAGCAUCUUAACAACAGUAUUUAGGCUGACAGAUUUUUCUAGUUGAAGUAUCUGCCUUUUGAGGGUGACUCAAAAUGACAAGCGGGACUGUCCGAGCCAAGUAGCUUUUGAAAAAUCAGGAAUGUGCUUAAAAUGCCAGUGAGUGGUUGUGAAGAGCAGGUUCGCCCACAGGCCAGGCCGUCUUCCCUUCCUCUUCCCGCGCUCUUCCCCCCACCCCAUCCCCUCCCGCAAGCCUGGCCUCUUGUGCCAGGGAUCUGGGAGGAGAGCGGGCCGCCGGCAAAAGUGGAGCUAGAACGGGCCUUCACGAAGCGUGCGUUUU